UACUUACUUAAAUAUAUGUAGUAUUACGUGGUAUUAUUCUUCUUUAUUCUAUUAGAGUAAACGUUCUUCGCAUCCUCAAAGAUUAAAACGACAUGCUAGGGAUAUGUAUGCUGCUUAUUGUUUCACGCGUGUUGUUAAAAUUGAGUGAGUGAUAUCAGUUUUUUAAGUGAACGUUUUAUCGAUGAAGAAUUUUCCGGCUAAUUGUUAAUAGGUACGCCUAAGUUUGUUCAUCCUGGCUGCAUUUCUCACAAAUUCUCUGCAGUCACUGGAGAUGAUCAAGGAAAAAGUCGAGUCAUUAGACAAACUUGUACAGGCCGGCAAGAAAGAAUUAGAAAAGAAGGUGAAAUUACUUACAGGGCGUAAAGACGAAGUAAAGGACAAUGUUGAUAAUGAGGAUGAGGGUGAUGGCGAAGAAGAAGAAAACAAAGUAGAAAAUGAUGAUAAAGGAGAAAAUAGCAGCAAAGGUACAAGCAAGGACUCUAACAAGACGAAGAAACCAGGACCCAAGAAAGGACACAAAAAUAAUUGUGAUGAGAAAAAGCCUGAUAAUAAUAAUAAUGAGCAAAUAGCAAAUAUAAUGGCCGCUAUGAUGCAAGGUAUGUCUGUAGAACAGUCGCCAAACUCUACUAAUAUCAUCAAUGCGACUCCUAUAUUCUUCAUGCGAAAGCACAACGAUCAUGGAGAUCACAACGAAACGUCAACGAAUGUAUCCGAACAUUAGAAUUACAAUUGUCUAGUAAUAAAAUCAGGGUAAGAGCGUAUGUACAUGACUUUUCAUGAAUUCCUGCAGACGCGUGUUUAUUGCAAAGAACGUACUGUGAGUUCCUCGAGGCCUGCAAUCAACUAAUACAUGCUACCCAAACGUUCACUCACUUUGCAUCUUGUGCUGUGCUGAUCUCCUGAAGUGAAUUUCAAUAGAAAGUCAUGAUAGGACUAAAAUUGUUUUUUUGAAUAAUUCCGCAUGAUGUGCAUAUAAUUAUGCUCUAUGUGAUA